AAAACAAACUUCCGUUUCAUGCUCCCCCAGUUUCCGGAAGAUCUCUGUACAAUGAUGGAGAAAAUGGAAUCCUAAGACCGUACCCAACUAUUCAAGCGGAUUUGUUAGAAUAAAACGACCAAAGUCCAAGAUAACGAAUAACGACACAAAUACAAGACAGCUGGAUCGUGGUGACUCAGCGAUAGACAGCGUUUAUCUCCAACUUCUCUCCCUUCGACACCCGAUGGAGGGCUCCGACAGUUCUGAGCCAGGCGCCAGUGACCAACCAGAGGCCCAGCGCAGGCGGCAACGGGACCGGCUAGACCGGGAGGAGGCCUUCUACCAGUUUGUCAACAACCUGAGUGAGGCAGACUACCGGCUGAUGAGAGACAACAACCUGCUAGGUACCCCAGGUGAGAUCACAGCAGAGGAGUUGUUGAGUCGGCUGCAGCAGAUUAAGGAUGGACCAGAGCAGCAGCAGCCUAGCAUCAACACCAGUGAGACUGGAGAAGCUACAGGAGAACUGGCAGAAGGUCCAGAGGACCCGUCUAACGGCGACACCCUCUUGGAUUGGCUGAACACCGUCAGGCGGACAGGCAACACCACCCGCAGUGGUCACCGAGGCAACCAGUCAUGGCGGGCGGUGAGCCGGACCAACCCAAACAGCGGAGACUUCCGGUUCAGUCUGGAGAUCAACGUUAACCGUAACCUGGCCGAGCAGCAGGCCCGCGCCGAGGGGGAGGCCGAGGCGCAGGAGGAGGCCCCAACUAGAGCACCUGGCAAUGGGGUGGAGGUCCAGCCGGAGGCGGAGGUGCCCAUGGAGACAGGAGAGGUGCUGGAGGAACCAGUUGUGGAGGAGAUGGCUGUCAUAGUGGAACCAGAAGCGGAGAUGGAGCCAGUGGCUGAUGUAGAAGCUGAGCCAGUGGCUGACGUAGAAGCUGAGCCAGUGGCUGACAUAGAAGCUGAGCCAGUGGCUGACGUAGAAGCUGAGCCAGUGGCUGAUGUAGAAGCUGAGCCAGUGGCUGACGUAGAAGCUGAGCCAGUGGCUGACGUAGAAGCUGAGCCAGUGGCUGACGUAGAAGCUGAGCCAGUGGCUGAAGUAGAAGCAGAGGCUGAAGUAGAAGCUGAGCUAGAGGCUGAAGUAGAAGCUGAGCUAGAGGCUGAAGUAGAAGCUGAGCUAGAGGCUGAAGUAGAAGCUGAGCUAGAGGCUGAAGUAGAAGCUGAGCUAGAGGCUGAAGUAGAAGCUGAGCCAGAGGCUGAAGUAGAAGCUGAGCCAGAGGCUGAAGUAGAAGCUGAGCCAGAGGCUGAAGUAGAAGCUGAGCCAGAGGCUGAAGUAGAAGCUGAGCCAGAGGCUGAAGUAGAAGCUGAGCCAGAGGCUGAAGUAGAAGCAGAAGCAGAAGCUGAGCCAGAGGCUGAAGUAGAAGCUGAUCCAGAGGCAGAACUAGAAGCAGAGAUGGUCCCAGAGUUAGUAGUAGAGGUAGUCCCACAGCUGCCCAGCCCUGUCACCACCACCCCUCCUGUCUCCAGACCAGCCAGUCCCCUGGUGCAGGCCCCUCCAGCCGCCCCUGCCCCUCCUAGCCCGCCCCCUGAGGAGCCUCCGCGACGGGGCCAGAGACGAGCCCGCAGCCGUAGCCCUGAGCAGCGCCGGACCAGGGCUCGCACCACACGAAGUCGUUCCCCCCUCACCCUGGACCGACUCCCCCGCCACGUCCCCACCAGCCCCGCCCCCCAGGCCCCCGCAGAGGGAAGCUCACGGACUCGACAGCAUGUUCUGUCCCGGCAGAGCACCGCAGAGUACGAGGCCCAGUCAGCCGGAACAGGGUCUGACACGGGGUCUGGGAACGUCCCAGAGCCUGGUACCACCCCACCCCAGGAGGGAGAGGCCGCGGGCGGGGAGGGAGCAGCAGGACGACGUCCCCCCACCAUCAUGCUGGACCUGCAGGUGCGUCGUGUUCGUCCAGGUGAGUACCGCCAGAGGGACAGCAUUGCUAACAGAACCCGCUCACGCUCCCAGAACUCCAACAACACCUUCCUGUACGAGAGUGAGAGGGGCGGGUUCCGCAGGACCUUCUCCAGGUCCGAGCGUGCGGGUGUGAGGACGUACGUCAGCACCAUCAGGAUCCCCAUCAGGAGGAUCAGUGAUGCAGGGUUGGGAGAGGCCACCUCCAUGGCUCUGCAGACCAUGAUACGACAGAUCAUGACCGGCUUCGGAGAGCUCAGCUACUUCAUGGACUCAGACUCUGACUCCUCGGACUCAAACCGUGGCGGUGGUAACCCCACUGGCGCUGCCGACCUGGCCGAGGCGCUCAACACUCCCGACGGGGGAGUAGCCAGCAUGGCGGAGGGGGUGGAGCCUCCUGUCUCAGUGAGCGGGCAUAGUAUUGGAGGAGCCGGGGAGGCAAGGACAGAGGAGAGGGAGGGGGAGGACGGGAUGGGUCUAGGUCUGUCCCCAGGAAUAGGUUUAGGGGUGGGGGGCACCCCCAGGGAGGGGCGAGCUCGGCCCCGUGCCCCCAUCAGUCUGGAGGAACCGGGGUCACUACCCUUCCUCCGCCUUGCUCACUUCUUCCUCCUGAAUGAUGAGGAUGAGGAACAGCCCAGAGGACUCACCAAGGAGCAGAUCGACAACCUCUCCACCAGGAACUUUGGGGAGAGUGAUGCUCUGAAGACCUGCAGUGUGUGUAUCACAGAGUAUGCUGAGGGGAACAAGUUGAGGAAGUUGCCCUGUUCUCAUGAGUACCAUGUUCACUGUAUCGACCGCUGGCUGUCUGAGAACUCCACCUGUCCUAUCUGCCGCAGGGCCGUGUUGGUGUCUGCUAACCGGGAGAGUGUGGUCUAACCUGGAGAGCUGGAGGUCAGGGGUCAGCGGUGCUCCAGGCAGACAGUAUAUUAACACCGUGUCAGUUCUGCAGGCCUUUCUCCUAGUCAGACCACUUACGUUGUUCAUGUUUUCAUUCUUAAGCCAUCACUGACUUUUAUCCAACUGACAUGCUGGUGUGUGGACUGACAGACAAGACAGAGAGACUGACAGGAAGGAAGGUGAUGUCCUCAUAGACUCUGUAGGAAGAGACGUGAGAAAGAGAUGCAACUGUCCCCUGUUGGCUAACAGACCCCACUCUCCCCUACCUGUCUUACCCCAAAAGGGACUCCACUGUCCCCACCUGACCCUGCUCUCCACCUGAAAGACUGCAUUUAUCAAUACUCUGGAACGGCUCACAGACUGUCAGUGUGUCAAAGCUUUGCUGAAUUAGUUUUUAAGUUAAAACUGUAGAAUGUUGUACAGGCGUUAAUGGGGAGAACGAGAUGUGACGGACUUGGAUUCCGUUGGGAAUUCUAUCAGUUGAUUUGGACUCGUGUUGCAUCAUAUUCAGGACAUCGGAAUCAAUAGUACUGAUUAUUGAUUAUGAAUUGUGUUGAACUGUCGUUGAGAUGGGAUGUAGGUAUCUGUUAACUGAUGCUAGUAUGUAGUCUAACUCUGGCCCAUCACAUGAAGCAUUCUCUGACAGUGUUUCAUCAUGACCUGGCCUGUGUACACAAAGCAUAUCACAGUAUCAGUGGGGGUCUAGGAUCAGUCCGUCAGUGGGGGGUCUAGGAUCAGUCCGUCAGUGGGGAUCUAGGAUCAGUCUGUCAGUGGGGAUCUAGGAUCAGUCCGUCAGUGGGGAUCUAGGAUCAGUCCGUCAGUGGGGAUCUAGGAUCAGUCCGUCAGUGGGGGUCUAGGAUCAGUCCGUCAGUGGGGAUCUAGGAUCAGUCCGUCAGUGGGGAUCUCCGAUCAGUCCGUCAGUGGGGGUCUAGGAUCAGUCCGUCAGUGGGGGUCUAGGAUCAGUCCGUCAGUGGGGGUCUCAGGAUCAGUCCGUCAGUGGGGGUCUAGGAUCAGUCCGUCAGUGGGGAUCUAGGAUCAGUCCGUCAGUGGGGGUCUCCGAUCAGUCCGUCAGUGGGGGUCUAGGAUCAGUCCGUCAGUGGGGGUCUAGGAUCAGUCCAUAUAAUCUUAUUCAUUAUGACCUAAAAGGGCCAACUGAUCCUAGAUCAUCACUCCUACUCUGGGACACUUUAUGGAUACGGCCCCUGAAUGAUAAUGACAAGCUCCUUAUGAUCCUAACCCUGUCACUAUGACAACCUGUUGGUUCUGCUACCAUAUGACCAGGAAGUGAACAAACGGCUGCAUUAUGGCUCCGUCUUCACCACCCUAUCUCUAUAUAGUGCACUUCCCUUAGGACUCUAGUCAGAAGUACUGCUCUAUAUCGGGGAUAGUGCCGUUUGGGAAUCACAUUUAUGGGUUCCAUGUGGUGUUGCAUGAAGGAUCUGGAUUUAGACCCCUGCCGGGCCAGGUUUAAGCCCCAUGUCUAACCCAGGCCAGGUUAAACCCCGGCCAGGCCAGGUUAAACCCCGGCCAGGUUAGACUCAGGCCAGGUUAAAGCCAGGCCAUGUCAGACCCCGGCCAGGCCAUGUCGGACCCCGGCCAGGCCAGGUUGAACCCCGGCCAGGCCAGGUUGAACCCCGGCCAGGUUGAACCCCGGCCAGGCCAGGCUGAAGCCCGGCCAGGUUAGACUCAGGCCAGGUUAAAGCCAGGCCAUGUCAGACCCCGGCCAGGUCAGACCCCGGCCAGUUUAGACUCAGGCCAGGUUAAAGCCAGGCCAUGUCAGACCCCGGCCAGGUUAGACCCCGGCCAGGUCAGACCCCGGCCAGGUCAGACCCCGGCCAGGUUAGACUCAGGCCAGGUUAGACCCCGGCCAGGUUAGACUCAGGCCAGGUUAGACCCCGGCCAGGUUAGACUCAGGCCAGGUUAAAGCCAGGCCAGGUCCGACCCCGGCCAGGUCCGACCCCGGCCAGGUUAGACUCAGGCCAGGUUAAAGCCAGGCCCUGGCCAGGUUAGACUCAGGCCAGGUUAGACUCAGGCCAGGUUAGACCCGGCCAGGUUAGACUCAGGCCAGGUUGAACCCCGGCCAGGUCAGACUCAGGCCAGGUUAAACCCCGGCCAGGCCAGGUUGAACCCCGGCCAGGUCAGACCCCGGCCAGGUUAGACUCAGGCCAGGUUAGACUCAGGCCAGGUUAGACCCCGGCCAGGUCAGACCCUUGCCAGGUUAGACUCAGGCCAGGUUAGACCCCGGCCAGGUCAGACCCCGGCCAGGCUGCUGCCUCUGUUCUGUGUUUUGGCCUAGAACUUCUACCACCAAGAGACAUCUUCAUAUCUGGAACACCAGUGCAAUAACUACAGAAUGGGAAAACUGAACAAGUGUAAUAUUCUAAACUUGUAUAUUAUUAUUUCUAAAAUAUUGUAGACUGAAUAUUCACAGUUAAAAUGAAGACUUGUUCCCUUUUAAAAAUGUGUUCAUCUUUUUAUUUUCUUGAGCUUGGUUCUUUGUGUACAUUCUGAUAUAGCGCUCUCUCUUGUUGAGCGGUGGGCCUGUAGAAUGCUGUAUGUUGGCUGUUCACACAGAGGGAGGGAGUGUUCCAUGACACGAUGACAUCACGUUCUAUAGGUUCCAUGUGUUCUCACGGUUGCCGUCAUUACCUCCUCCCUGUACAAAUAAAGUUUUGGGUGGUUGAAGCUCUGUUAUUGUUGAUAAUGA